AUGUUGCGCGGACGCAAUCUGUUCGUGCUCAAGGCUCGUCGUGGUCGGACCAAGCGGCUGCAGGCGUUGACGCUGCACGUGCACGUGCGAGAGCAGGACUUGAGCCACUUCAAUGGCCACGACGGGACUGCCGGAGCGCGAAGCGUAGAGCGGUUGCUGGAGGUACUGGGCAGGUGUGAAUCGUUUCAAGCGCUCGUUCAGGCGAUGGACGACGGUCCACGACAAGUGGAGCAGCUCGUCAAGAGCAAGAGCAAAGAUGUCACGCAGACGCUCGAGCUCCCAGACGUGACGGUUCAGUGGCACGUGUCGGACGAGUCGGGUCUUCAUAGCGUCUUGCAGCGUUUUCGAAGCGCCCGUGGCGGAUCUGAGUCGUCGGAGCGACACACGACGCUCGGUAGUGCCGCAGCGACAGGAAAGUUUCGUCCUCUGCCGAUGCGACCGCUGGUUGUGGCUGUUUGGAUGUACCCGCCUCAUGUCGAGAUCCCACUCACGGGGAAACGGGUCCCCGUCAGCGACAUCGUCAAGCAAGACUUUUUCAGUGAGGCGAAUGAUGAUGUCAAGGACAACGUGAACGUGUCAUCGGAAGAUGUGAUCGAUGACUUACACUGA